GCUCAAGAAGUUUUUAAUGUUGUCGAUGGCCUUACCCCAGAAAAAGCAAACCUAAUUGCUGAAAAAAUUAAAUUAGAAAAUGUUUUUGAAACCAGAAAAUGCAUGAAUAAACCUUUAACAAAAAUUGAGAUGCAAUGGUUAUGUGUUAUAAUCGGAAGACAUUUAAAAUUUAACAUUAAUAAAAUUUAUUUUAGAGUAUUAGAAGAUCCUUAUUUUAUAUUUAAGGUUCUUUAUUACUUAGCAAUAACUAUAGCAGCUGUCUUAGAAGAUUCCUCAUAUUUAGAUAUAGACAAAGUUGAAGAAGAAUUUAUUAAAGAAGUAGAAACUCUUCCUGAAGAUGUUUCAGUAAUUGAUCACUCUAAAGCUUCUAUUGAUAAAAGCAUUUUUGUCGAAGAUAAUAUUGUUACUUUUGACCAAUUUAUAAGAUAUCGAAUUGAAAGUUUAGAACAAUUCAUUAAUUGUUUUGAAAAUCAAGAAAAAACACCUAUUUCUAGGCUUAGAAUAGAACAGAAUAAUUAUCAAAGUCAUAUAACAUUUUUAGAAAACCAAAUAAAAGAUUUGGAAGCAAGACAAUUUAUUACUUGUUCGGAAAAUCACAAAAAAAUUCCUAUCUCGAACCAAAAUAAACUUCAAAAUCACAUAACAUUUUUAGAAAAUAAUAUAAAAGAUUUAGAGGCAAGGAAUCAUGAAAAAGAAAUUAAUUUGGAUGAAAAAAUUAAUAUUAAGAUAAAAGAACUAAUUCAAUUAGAUAAUAAAAAAGAUAAGAAGACAAAAGAACUAAUUCAAUUAGAUAAUAAAAAAGAUAAGAAGACAAAAGAACUAAUUCAACUAAAUAUUGAAAUAGGCAAUAAAAAAAAAGAACUAAUUGAAUUAAACGAAGAAUUCGAUCUAACAAAAAAAAAUUUGAAGAUUAGUAAAUCGGCAAUGAAAAUAAAUGAGUAUCAUGUUGAAAAUGACAUUAUUAGAGAAUCUACAGACAAUUAUGAUUUUGAAUCAGCAGUCAAAGAAAUCCGAAAUGAAAUUGACAUAAAAAUCAAUUCAUUGGAUCAAAAAAUACAGGCGAAUGUUUUAGAAAUGAAAAAAAUUAUGAAUGAUCAGAACACUAGAUGGUUUAAAGAAUUUUAUAAAGACUUUAAUCUACUGAACAAGAAAGUUCAAAACACUGAUCUAGAAAUUCACAAAAUAAAAAAUCAACAAAAAUACAUAAUAUUAACACUAAUAG